AUUUGACUACUAAUUCAUGAAAUAUCCAAAAAAAUAUCCAUUCCCUUAGGCCUUAGCAAAUUCUCCUAAAACCCACUAUUAAGCCCUGCGUAUUGAUGGAAAUGGGGGGAGUUUUGAAGCUAAACGCUUAAAUUCAGGUAGAAAGUAAGAAAUUCAGAAAGAAUAGAAUGCCUGCCUGAAUGCUGAAGCUGUCAGGAUGAUGAUGUUUCUCAAACCUUCCACGUCAAUUUCAGUUCCUUCCUCUUCCUUGUGGAGUGGCAAUUCAAGUAGUAAUGGUAAUUUUAUGGAUGGCAAUCUUAAGAUAUGUAAAAGAGCUGAGGUGGUAUGCCUCGGCAUGUUGGCACCGAGGAAGUUUAUGCAAAAGAGGAAGAAAGUUGAGUAUUUUAAAGAUGCCCAUGAUGAAGCAGAUCAGAAGAGCUGGAGGAGACUGAUGAACCAAAUUGAGGAGGAGGGUUCUGCUGUUUCAGUGCUCAAAAACCAUAGGCUGAAGAAUGAGUCUCUUCCCAAAGACUUGGUUCUUGGAACUUUAGUAAGAUUCAAGCAGCUCAAGAAAUGGAACCUUGUUGCUGAGGUGCUUGAAUGGCUUCGAACAGAGCACUGGUGGGACUUUAAUGAAAUGGAUUUUUUGAUGCUAAUUACAGCAUAUGGAAAACUUGGGGACUUUGUUAAAUCAGAGAGGAUUCUAAGCUACAUGAACAGAAAAGCAUAUCCACCAAGUGUGAUAUCCCAUACUGCCCUCAUGGAAGCGUAUGGCAAAGGUGGACAAUAUAACAAGGCUGAAGCAAUAUUUCGGAAGAUGCAGUCUACAGGCCCUGAACCUUCUGCUUUAACAUAUCAGAUAAUCCUUAAAACCUUUGUUGAGGCUGACAGAUUCAAAGAAGCUGAAGAAAUCUUUGAAUCUCUUCUAAGCAAGGAUGCUUCACCUCUGAAACCUGAUCAGAAGAUGUUCCACAUGAUGAUUUACAUGUACAAGAAAGCAGGAAAUUAUGAUAAAGCUCGUCAAUUAUUUUCUCUGAUGGCUGAGCGAGGAGUUAAGCAAACAACAGUUACGUAUAAUAGCUUAAUGUCAUUUGAGACUAACUACAAGGAGGUUUCAAAAAUCUAUGACCAGAUGCAACGGGCCAAAGUUCAGCCUGAUGUUAUAAGCUAUGCUUUACUCAUUAAAGCAUAUGGAAAAGCUAGAAGAGAAGAAGAGGCAUUAGCUGUUUUUGAAGAGAUGCUUGAUGCAGGUGUCAGGCCAUCCCAGAAAGCUUAUAACAUUUUGCUCGAUGCAUUUGCAAUCUCGGGAAUGAUUGAACAAGCUCGCAUUGUCUUCAAAAGCAUGCGAAGAGACAGGUGUACACCGGAUCUUUGCUCCUACACAACAAUGUUGUCAGCCUAUGUCAAUGUAUCUGAUAUGGAGGGUGCUGAGAAAUUCUUUAAAAGGAUAAAGCAAGAUGGAUUCCAACCCAAUAUUGUCACUUAUGGAACUCUGAUAAAAGGAUAUGCCAAAGUAAAUGAUCUUGAUAAGAUGAUGGAGAAGUACAAGGAAAUGCGUCUGUGUGGUAUCAGACCAAAUCAGACUGUGUUCACUACCAUUAUGGAUGCACAUGGCAAGAAUGUGGGUUUUGACAGUGCUGUAAUCUGGUACAAUGAGAUGGGAUCUACUGGAGUGAUCCCUGAUCAAAAAUCAAAGAAUAUCCUUCUGUCUUUGGCAAAGUCUGCAGAAGAAAAAGCAGAAGCUUAUGAGCUAAUAGGAUAUGCAGAUGAACAGAAGAAAAAUGUUAUCGUCCAUGCUGAUAAUGAUAAUCGUGAUAAUGUUGACGAGGACUUUGAUGAUGCUGCUGAACAAAGCUGUUUAAUUGACACAAAAGAAGAAUUGGUACUUAGAUGAUUAUGGUUAUCGAACCAAACAAGAGAUUUUUCAAGUCAGUUUUGAAUCCUUUGUUUGUAUACCGUCCUCAAUUGAGACUGCAAAUUCAGUCAACAGCUUUUGAAAAUGAAUUUGCUGGGAUUGGUUAGAUACUCUUACAAGUUGUAUAGAAUCUCAGAACCACCUGAUUCCGGCAAAAUCAGUGGAUUGAUGCUCCCAGAGGAGAUUUUGUACAUUACAUUUUCUCUGAUUAGUAUUGUUUUAGCGAAAGGUGCUCCAAGUUCACUUUA